GCGCGGGACAGCGCGGCGUGCGGACCGAGCGGAGUAGCGAGCCCACGAGACCGCGCCGAGCGGCCCCGUCGCGCCAAACGAGGCGGCAAAAACGAAUCCGAAUCCGAGUUUUUUUUUGGUUAGUUUGUACCAAAAAAUAAUAAUUAAAUUUCCGUGGUUUUUUUCUUUUCGCGCUAUUCGCGGGGCCUACAACGCGAGUUUUUAGGCCAAUCAGCGAGCAGCGCGUGUGAAGUGUCGUGUGUGACUGUGCGCGAGUGACAAGUAGCUGUCGUUGCGCGGGAUGUGGCGCGGAGCGGAGGAUCGGAUAAGUGUCAGCGCAUGAUGGAUACCUCACACACACCGCACAAGUCCUGCAAGAUGUCGCUGCCGCUGCGGCUGCUGCUGCUGCUGUCGCUGCUGGCGGGCCCCGCGCUCGCGCAGUCCAACUACGCCCAGCAGGGCAACAGCGUCGAGUAUGACGGCAACUCGGGGCUGCCUGACCAGGCCACGCUCAACGGGAGGGUCACGAAGCUCGACGAUCUCUCGCCGGUCAUCUUCCUGAACCGCACCAAGGCGGUCCUCAACUGCGAGGCCGGCUCCAUGAAGGCCGAGCUCAAGUUCAACGAGCCCUUCUUCGGCAUCGUGUACGCCGACUUCGACCGGAACUCGGCAUGUCAGGUGGCCGGCAAGGGGGCGCUCAGCUACCGCAUCGAGCUGCCGCUCAAGGGAUGCGGGACACGGCAGGACCCCCAGCGCGUCUUCACCAACAACAUCGUGGUGCGGUUCCACCCCGGGCUGGAGAUGGACGGCGACGAGGUCAUCACCAUCGUCUGCCGCUACCCGCCGCCCAUCGCGCAGCCCCCGGCCGCCUUCCCCGCCAAAAUCAGAGUUGACGCCCCCGUCAUCCCCCUGGAGCCGCCGCUGCAGGGCUUCCAGAUCCUGCUCAUCAUCUGUGCCAUCCUGUUCCUGUCGCUGCUGCUUCUCGGCCUCGGCUGCUCCUACUACUGCCUGCGCACCAGGAACAUCCAGGUGGUGCGGCGCGCGCCCUUCCUCGCCGACACCGAGUCCGAGAGCUCCAAGCUGUCGAACCCCUCGCUCGGCCCCGUGUCGCUGUUCGAGGGCCUCAAGAUCCCCCGGGCGCACACUGCCGUGUCGCUGUCGUCGUCCGAGCAGCACCUGGUGUCCGAGCCCUCCGACACGCUGCCCUCGGACUACCCGAGCGAGUCGCCCAGCUCUGCACACUCGGAGGUGGAGGAGGUCGACACGCGCAGCCUGCGAAGGCCAUCCACGGUGAGCUCUGGGUCCUAUGAACCGCAUCACAAAAUGGAGGUCCAGAUGCGGGUCAAGCGAUCCCCGCCGCCGCCGUCGCCGCCGGGCUCGGACUUCGAGUCCCAGCUCACGCUGCAGCAGGACAAGCUCACCACGAUCCUGGAGCAGCGCGAGGACACCCCGUCCAUCCACAAGACGACCUUCUCGUACGUGCCGGAGCUGCACGCGGCGCCGGCCGGUGGCUCCUCGUCGAGCGCCAACGCGCCGGUUUACUCGAGGAUCAUGCGCAGGCAGCAGGUGGUGCGCGCCGCACCUCCGCCCCCGCGGCCCAGCCUGUCCACGCUCACCACGGAGACGGCCGACUUCCGCACCAUCGUGGACACCGAGGAGCUCACGUCGACGCAGAGGGUGGCCGCCCGGCCGCCGCCGCCGCCCAUCGUCGAGGAGGUCAUCGAGCAGCUCGAGGCCCCCGUCGUGGCCGAGCGCCGGCCCGAGAUCACCAGCCACGUCGUCGACGACGUGUUCCUGCGCACCAUCACCGAGAAGAAGACGAUCGAGGACAUCGAGCGACACCGCCGACAGGUCAAGGAGUUCCACGCCAAACCGCCGCCGCCCAACCCCAAGUGGGACGUGGUCAUCCGCAACUACCCCGCCCCCGGCCAGGAGGCCCUCGCCGAGCCCGCCACCGACUGGGAGAGCUACUCGGAGACGUCCUCGGCGUCGGGCUACCCGACCACGCCCGUGCUGGAGCGGCCCCUGGAGAAGCACAUCACCGACCGUCGCGUCAACGUGUCCGAGCAGCUGCAGCAGCGCUCCGAGAUGCACCGCUCCAGCGUGGACGUCGAGAGGACGUACCGCUCCUCCAUGACCAUCCCGCCGCCCGAGCCGCCGCCGCCCAACUGGGACGUCCUCAUCCGCGUCCUGGACCAGCCCGAGAUGCCAGAACCGCGUGACCACGACGACCUCAGUGUUAGCGAGGUCGGAGAGGAACCCAUGACCAUCACAACGACGGCGACCACGACGGCGCUAACCCAGGAGGACCGCGAGAAGUGGCGGCAGAUCCUCACGACUGAGUCCUCGCUGCGCACCCUGCUCACUGAGGCCACCGUCAAGGAGGACUACGAGCGCAUCCGGAGCGACGAGCGCUACGAGCGCCUGUUCGAGCCCGCCAAGUGGGACGUCAUCAUCCGGGUGCUCGCGCCACCGGAGCGCCUCUACGACCCCAAGGGCGGCCCGGCCAACGGACAGCGCUACCGCCGCAAGACGGACUGGGACACGCGCAGCCGGCGCUCGUCGCUGCCCACCCUCUACGAGUACGACUCGGACGGCACCAGCUCGCUGACCAUGACGACCGAGGGUCACGAGGCCAUCCGCGACCUGGCGCGCUCGCGGCGCACGAGCCGCUCCAGCAUGCCGUCCAUGUCGGACAUGGACGUGCGCUCCAUGACGGAGGUCAUGGUGGACUACACGCGGCCCGAGCGCGCCGACACGCUGAGCGACGCGAGCGGGCCCAGCUCGCUGUACUACCGGGGCGGCGCGCCCAGGCGCUACUCGGACGACGAGGACGCCAUCGAGGACGACUACGGCACCCUGGGCCUGGCGCGCUCCCUCAGCCAGCCGUCGCUCGCGCGCUCCGCCUCCGAGUUCACCGAGCACUGGGCCGUGGUGCGGGGCCCGCCCUCGCCCACGUCGCCGAGGUCGUCGGCCCGCUCCACGCGGUCCAGCCGCGGCCGCGGGCCCGCGCCCCUGCCCCCGGGCCACCAGGCCGCCGGCACCACGACCACUACCACCGCCCUGGUGCACCCGCCCCAGGGCCACCACAACGUGCAGAGCUACUCCGUGCAGAGCGAGUCGCAGCAGGGCGCCACCAGGACGCAGACCAGGUCGUCGGGCUACGUCGCGCAGAGGGGAUGGUUCAGCGAGCAGUGAAACGUGAAGUGAAUGUCGGAUCAGCCAUCUCGGCAACAUGUCGGAUCGGACGUUGAAGCGAUGUCGCUCAGGCGACCAUUUCUUGAUGCGGGGAGUCUGCUCAAUAGAAGUACCACCCAAAACAAAUGUAUUUGCACCACGAAAGGUGCAAAAUACUCGACUGAGAAGAGAAGAUUGCACAAAUUUCCUGCCAGCUUAUGUAGAGACGGAGUUAUAUUCUAAACUACUUUCUUUUAUUUAUCUUUAAGUGUUGUUUAUGUGGAAAGACAACUUUUAAAAUCUAACAAUGUUGCGUGAAAUGAAUGUCGUAAACAUCACUAAGUCCAACUAAGAACAAGAAAAAUCUCACAAUGUUCUACUAAUCUUUGUGCCAAAUUUAACAUUAAUUAAUAGUUAAGUCGAAAGAAAAUUGUUUUCAUGUUCUAUUUAAAUUCGCUUUCUUUAUGUUCUUUUAGAUCAUACUACUUCCAGUUACAGAUGAUUGCCUCACAAUUAUCUUUUAAUUGCAUUCCAGUAUCUCUAAAUACCGUCGUCCUAUUUUUCAAGAGUACUAGAUCAGACAACUGCUCUUGUCGCCUUCUCAAGUACUGUGAGAUGUACUAUUUAUCUUUACUGCACAGGGUAAAACUUUCGCAUGAACCCAUGCAGUGAUUGUAACCAAUGCUGUGAUAACGAAAAACGAUUUGGAAUGGCGAGUGCUAGAAAAAAUACAUCUUUUAUUAGAAUACAAAAUUAAAACAAGGAAUACACAAGGGAAUGCUUCAUCUAAAACUAUAUUCGAAUGGAAGUUUCACUGCCAUUAAUAUAACUAAAGAAGCCGCAAACUAUCAGAAAUUAGCACCAUUCCAUUUCUAGUUAUGUUGACUAGUUUGCAAAUUUUAUUUUAAAAGUACCAUUUUAUAAGGUAACUUCUUCAUCUUUGCAAAUGCAUUAAGUUUACUUCUGCAUUUUCGUCAAGUGCACCUAAAUUUUCAUUCAUCCACUCAAAACGUUGUGUAAAUAGAAGAGUAAAUUUAAUGUAGAUGUAAAUUUUAUGCCGACUAAUUUAAUUUAUAAGGCCAGACAGAGUGGAACUGGAGAUUUAGGUGCAAGAAGCAAAGAGGACAUCAAUAAAAUAAAUAGAGAUAAACAAUAAAAUAUGUUGUUUUAUUCAAA